AUGGUGCUAACCUUAUACAAGAAGGACACGAGCCCCCCGUCACGGUCUGUAUUUAUGGCAAUCCAUGCUUUGCAAAUACCUAACGUCAAGUUCGUCAAUGUUCAUUUACCAGACGGGGAACAUUUAACUGAAGAAUAUUUGAAAAUGAAUCCACAACAUACGAUACCCCUUUUAAAAGACGACGAUUUUCUUAUAUGGGACAGUCACGCAAUCUGCGGGUAUUUAGUCGCAAAAUAUGGCAGAAAUGAUAAUCUUUACCCGUUGGAUCCGAAAAUGAGAGCAGUUGUCGACCAAAGAUUGCAUUUUGAUAGUGGAGUCCUCUUCAAUACGCUGCGUUCAACAGUUGCACCCUUAUUAUAUUCAGAUGACAAGGAUUUCAAACCGGAAAAUUUGGCAAAAUUCAAGGAAGCCUAUAGCUUCAUGGAAAAGUUUCUAACCAAGUCCUGGCUGGCUGGUGACCACGUUACCAUUGCCGACAUCUGCUGCGUGUCUACUAUCAGUUCUAUGAAUGAGAUACUUCCCAUCAAUGAAAUAGAGUAUCCAAAACUGACUGAUUGGUUGCAAAAGUGUUCACAGCAAGACUUUUAUAAGAAAGGAAAUGCACCAAACAUUUUACUGUUUCGUGAAAUGAUUAAAAACAAACUGGCAGAGAAGCAAAAGAGCGUGUAAACAAACGUCUAAACUUUUAUAUCUUUGUAAUAAGAAUGAGUCUGAAACAUUGAGAUGUAUUGUAAUCAUCUAAUAGCAUAUUAUUCAAUAAUAUUCUAGCUGCAUUAGGAUGUCAUAUUAGUGACACUAGCAAAUUCUUCUUCAACUUUUAAAAUUAGAAAAUAUGUAAGUAGCCCUACCUCCACCCUUCCAAGAAAAUAUAUGCGAUUGAGUCACUGCUUUUUCGUUGGCGGUUAUAUUCUGCAAUGCCAGUCGUCAUGGAUCCCCCCUGGCAUCCUCUUCAGCAUCUAAUUUUAGUGUAACGGCAGCCGCCAAGAGUGACCACGAACGUUGCUAGAUGCCGUUGUCAUGGCAUCCAAUUUUCCUACGACUUUGCCAAUCAAUGGCAUGUGACAUCAGAAUUCUGAUAUUUCUUUAUAGAGCAUAUGAUUUCAUUCGAAGAAUUCUUCUAUUUUCUCUCCUUUGGUAUGUCCCAUUCCGAUUAACUUAAAUUUGAGGUAAUAGCCUAUCAGUAUUCUCGAUUAUAAACAGUGAAAUAAUAUAUAUAGUUUUAUUUAUACCUCACUAGUUGUAGUUUCUAAUAAUAGAUAUAAAUAUAUUUUAGAUAGAUAACUCUUAUUUAAAUAUAGUUACUCUUUGCUCAUACAACAAAAACACAGUUUAAAUUAUACUAGCCGUUUUCCCGUAACUUUGACCGCGUAAAAUAUAGCGUAUGAUGAAACUUGUCUUCGGUGGAAGAAUUUUAAUAAUCGAAUCACAAUUUUCGAAGGUAGCUCCGUAUAACCUUACAAAGAGAGAACUUUACCUCUUUGUAUUAUUAGUAAAGACAUGUCAAUAUUAUAGUUGGCUGAGGUACAGAUUGCGAUUGGAAAAGGUGUAACUAGUCAUUCAUUUAUUACUAUUAUAAAUGAUCUAGUGCAAUAAGGAGAGCCUUAAUUAAUGGACCAGAGAAAAUGGCAGAAGAGUAAUUGAUUUUUCUUUGGUAUCUUAAGUACCUCCGUUUAUAUAUUUUUUACUCUUUAUAAUUUCAGCUUUUAAAAUUUUCACGUAAAAACCCAACAACGUAAAAUUUUGAUUGGAUAAUCAUAACGCAAUAAAAUGGACAAAGGAAUCAGAAGCGACGGUUAUUGGAGUUACUGAAAGUACCACAUGUAAAAUAUAAAUGAAACUCUUACAACCACAUUUAUUUUUCAAACAAAUAAAUUAUAAUCGUUUAUAAGGCAAAUCUUGAAACUGAAUUUCUCUGGCUUCGACUUAAGCUGAAAUUGCAUUUAAUUUUUUUUUAGGUAGACUUUCCGCCAGUGGCUUCGCCCCGUGGUUCUGUAUUAUACAUCCCUAUAAAAAAUCCUCUGGAAUGUGCUCUUGAAUCACACUAAAUUGAUGAAAUUUUCAUUUAAUCCGAUGUAUAGUUCAACAUCUCAGCGUACAGAUAGCGAAUUUGUUUAAUAUUAUUUUAGAAUUAAAUCAAAUCAAAAUUAUUUUGUCAGGCUAGGCUUUUACAAGCACUUGUGAAACUCGAGGGCUACGCCAUCGGUUUGUAAAUCUACAGCGCGAGACCUUGUAAUGAGUAGAACGAGCAAGAAACUCGGCAAGGGCUGCUUUUUUCUCCAUGUUUUAUUUCAUACAGAUUGUCAAGACUGAAAAACGACUUUUUUCAAUAAGAAGUCACUUAAAUAUGACACACUGGAAGACAAUAAAUGGUACACUAUAAACGUAACAAUUUAAAUAUAAUAUGGCGGCUUUGGUUAUUUUUUGUGCACUCGCUGAGUAGAUUAUGAUUGAUUUCUUUAUAAAUGUAAUAUGGAAGACUAUUCUUCUAUUAAGUGAAUUUAAAUAAAAACUUUUUUUUCGAAAUACUUUUUAUAAAUAAUACUUUUGCUGAAUUGUCCGUUUGUUAUUUCCUGCAGUUAAAUUUAAUCAGCAUGAAUAGAUCGAAUGUUCUACUUAAAUUCCUUGGAUUUAGACAUUUUUUUUCUGUAAUAAAAACAUAAGUAUUUAAUUUAAAAUAUAUAAUAAACAUAAUUGCUUAAAUUCCAUAAUUGCUCGAGAUGAAUAGUAAAAAAACGGAAACAUUUUAUUAAUUUCGUGAUAAGUUAUUUUAAAUAUAAUUUGUCCAGUUUGUAAAAGUUUCCAAAGAAACAGAUUUUAAUGAUGAGGUUGCAUCGUAUCAUGUAAUGUGUGCAUGUUUUUGUCUAAAUAAUAAACACU